CUGCCUUAUAAUCGGAGUAGAACUCAACGACUUGUUGUACUUUAAGGACGUCCCAAGGAGCGUGUCGAGAGUAAGCAGAUACCGCUUUGGAAUAUAUAACUCGACACAGCGAGGCGCCAUAUGUGGAGACAUCGAACGCGUUGACGGAAGCCUUACAUCACAAAAUGCCUGCCGUGCACGUGCUCCUUGGAUUAACCUUAGUGUUGAUGUCGUUCCUGAAGUCUUUCCCGAUCCUGGCUUCCUGUCCAUACGACAACGUGACAAACACGGUAGAUCUAUCCAGUGCUUUCAACACAAGUUUGGUUAAUCUUACAAAAUCGCACUUGGCAAAUUGUCCGAAAAACGCCACUACCCUAAACAUAUCCAGUAACAGUCUUCAGACGUUGUCUAGUGAUGUUUUUGAUGACUUUUGGAAUCUUGUUACUAUUACCCUCUCACAUAAUCAAAUUAAAGCCUUACCGUAUGGACUUCUAAAGAACAUGCGCAGUCUGAAGCACUUCGACGCCAGCGAUAACGCGCUCGAGACCCUGGAUGACGAUCUGUUUGUAGGAUUGUCGAAUGUGCCCCUGGUUAAUCUAGUGACCGUAAACUUUUCUCACAACAAUAUCAGCGAAAUCGGUUUUAAUGUAUUUCACAAAGAUAUGGCGCUUAUCAGGGACGUUGACUUGUCCUUCAAUAGUCUGCUUUCUUUCGAACCUUGGCCCUACAUUCCACAGACGGAUCAGCAUGACAAUGAUGACGUCAUCUGGAACUUCCAAAACAACUUUAUCGCUUCAUUAACUAACAAAAUGAACUGGACGUACGAUCUAAUUGAAGAUUACGAAUUUGAGGUAUAUCUACAGAAUAAUAGGCUGAGAGUUCUAAAUACCAAUAUGGUGAAAAUAUACAAUCCCGGAUUCGCUGGGGACUAUCUUACCGAAUUUAUAACAUAUAACAUUAAUAUUACACAAAACCCAUUCUUUUGCGACUGUCAGCCCCAUGUCUAUGUCAAAGCUCUGCACGAGUCGAUCAUGUUCUAUCUAAAUGCCGAAGAAAACCGCGUAAGGUGUGACGGGCCACCUCACCUUCAUGGCAUCGACUUUUUUCAUGACAUGGAAUUGGACGAAUUCGUCUGUAACUUGACAGAUAACUGUCCAUCUGAGUGUUUUUGUCAGGAACGCCCAAAUUCACACGAACUCUUCGUGGACUGUCGAAAUAAAGGUCUGACGUCACUUCCGCUGACGCUACCUCAUGCAACGUACGGAAACAUAUCCCUUCACCUGGACAACAACAAUAUUAUGCAUCUGACGGAAACUAAGUAUAACCAUCAGAUAAGAAACCUGACCAUUAGCAAUAACAAAUUAACAUUUAUCGAUUCUAGCAUAAUUAUGAGUAUGAAUAAUCUGAAAAUUCUUAACUUAGACAAUAAUGAAAUCAACUAUUUCCCCAAAGAACUACAACUUCUCGCAUUCCCAAACGUCAGUAUGUCCGGAAAUCCUCUGCUCUGUGGUUGCAAUAUGACCUGGAUGGCCGACUGGAUUAAUCUUUCCCCGGAUGCCAAGGAUUCGCACAUCACCUGCGAUUACGACGGAGACAGUCUCCCAAUAUCUACGAUCACAGAGGAUGAUCUUCUCUGUAGCUACGACAAGAUAAUCAUAAUUCUAAGUGUGACGAUUGGCGUAGUAAUCGGGUUAGUAUCCAUGGUUACCAUAACUGCCAAACGAUGCCCGUAUGAGACCAAAGUACUCCUGUACAAAUUCUUCAACAUUCAUCCGCGAGACAAAUACAAAGUCGACCAGGAACCAACCAAGGAAUACGACGCCUAUAUUUCGUAUUAUCAAGGCGAACAGGGCGAGGAGGACAUCAAUGUAUUGAUGUACAUUACUCAAAGAAACAUCGAAUGUAUUGAUGUACAUUACUCAGAGACAUCUAAUGUAUUGAUGUACAUUACUCAAAGAACCAUCUAA